AUGACGGAUCAAGAACGUUGCGAGAUGCAGGACCAUGGCCAUAUGCAGCGACCUGAACGUUUGCGUCCACGUCGUCUUGAACGAGAUACGUUAUCGUACUUAAAAGAAGUGACCGAAUUACUUGCCGAGAAUUCCAUGUCUACUACAACUACUUCAUCAACUGAUCAGGAUGAGAUGGAAUUAAUGUUAUGGAAUGUAUUGGAAGAAGUAGCACCACGUGCUGCUAGUGCUACUUCAGAUCGUCAUGCCAGUGAAAUGCUCGAGACUUUUAUACCGAGACUCAAUGAUGCUCAAUUACGUUACUUUAUGUACAAGAUGAUGGGAUAUAUGAGUCAUUUAUGGACAAAUCGGUAUUCAUCACAUGUAUUACAAUAUUUAUUAUCUCGUUCUAGUAUUGUAAUUGCAAAAGAAGAAGCUGAAGAAGAAGAAGAAGAAAAUAAUCGAAUGAAGGAGAUUCCAUCGAUGAGUGAUAUUAUUAUCCAUAUGGUCAAGGAAGUGGAGAAAGAGUGGAUUACACUUAUGAAUGAUGUAAGUGCGAGUCAUGUCCUGCGCUCGGUAUUAGCAGUACUAGCAGGUAAACCAUUGGUCCUGGAAAAGCGUGGUAAAAAAGCUAAGCACCGUGUUGUCACGUUUACUGAAGCUAUUCCUGGUAAAGAUGGUUCUGAAGUUACGUAUAACGUCCCAGAAACGUUCAAGGUACUAUUGAGCGAGCUAGUGAUGGUGCUGAUCAAGUGCCCGACAUUUGAGCUACAGAACCUGCUUUAUGACCAGAACUCGGGCCCGCUUAUUGCUUCGGUGUUGAAGCUAGCUCCUUCGAAAUGCAGACGUAAACUUGCGAAAAAGAUUUUGCAGUGGGAAGACGAGGAUGCGUGCGAGUGUGGUUUUUACGACUUGGCAGCGAACGCCGUGACGAGUCACGUGCUGGAAGCUUUGUUCGAGAGUGCCAGUGAUACAUUUUUUGCAAAGGUUUUUGAGCGCUGUUUGCGCAGCAAGAUGCUACAGCUGGCCGAACACAACAUUGCGAACUACGUGGUUCAGCACGCCAUUAAGCUUGUUCGCACAGAGGAUCUUGCUGCGGAUGUGUUGAGCGAACUGAUGGAUUCCCUGUGGACGCUGCUGACUAUGGGCCGCCCUGGAGUUAUUUGGCGUGUAAUGGAAAUGUGUGUGAAGUAUAAGCUGCACCAACGUAAAAUGUUUGAGGCGCUUGUGAACGCUGUUGCGAAGCAGGAGAGCAAAAAGCCUGAAGCCGUUCGGAAAAACUUUGUAGCGUCCCUAUUAAACUUGCAGCUGUCAACAUCUGCUACGUCCGCCAAGGUUCAGCUGAACGUCAUGGGCGCCAAGAUUAUUGAGCAGAUGCAGCAGUUUGAGGCUGGAGAAUACCUGACCCCGUUGUACGAGGGCAUUCUCUCGUUUAAUAGCAUGCAGCUCAUUGCUUUAGCCAAGGACUCUACCGGUAGCCGCUGUAUUGUAGAACCGAUUUGGGAAUCUAAGGAACUCAGCACUGCGUGGGUGCGGCAGGAGCUGUAUGAACGGUUUGUUGGCAAGUUUGGUACGCUCGCAAUGGAUCGUUUAGGUGCUUUUUCGGUAAUGAAAUGCUAUGAGGAUCUUCCGUUGGACAAGAAGGAGGCAGUCGUGCACGAACUGCUGACAGUAGAGACGCAGCUAAGUGGAAGCCAUUUUUCGCAGCUUGUGAUGAACACGUGCCACUUGUUCGAGUACAAGAAGAGUCGUGAGAAGUGGGAGGCACUUUACACAAAGCAGCAGAAGAUUGCCGACUUGUUUAAGGAUGUUGUCGAAAGUGACGAGGCACCAGAAGGAAGCACAAGAUCUCGUAAAAAACACAAAAAGUCCAAAAAACGCAGAGUUACUCAACUGACUGGAGAGGAAGCUGAACAACGCAAGGAGGAGAUUACUAAAAGUGCCGAUGUGGCGAUGAUCAUGGAUGCACUGCGAAGCGGCGUUGCUGGCAAAGAUAAGAAGACGAAGAAAAGCAAAAAGCACCGCGCUGAGGAAACCUGA